GGAUCCGCUCCAUUAACAGUAUCCACGGAAGUGGUAGUAGUGAGAAGUACAACCGUAAUAACCAUGGUAGAAUAGUAUAAUAGAGUAAUAAUAAUAAUAAUAAUAAUAUAAUUGAUUAAUUGAUAGAAUCAAUAGAAUCAAUAAAGCAAUAGAAUAAACCAAUAAAUCAAUACUUCAUACUCUCUAUUACUCUCUAUUACUCGGUAUGCCCUAUACAACACUCACCACCACCACCACCUAAACGACACUCACUCACACCACUCAACAUCAACAAACUGAAUAGCCACUAACAACACGAACUACUCUCAUCCUCACAACAACUUAUUAUAAAAUACCCAAUAACAUCCACCACGGCCUUUGCUCCUCGUUAAAGCCACUAUUGAAAAUUUCAAUUAUUUAAACAACAAGAAUCGCUUUUCAACAAUCUCUUUAACCAACAACUAGUACAACAACCACACUCACAAUGAAACUAUUAACUCAAGAAGAAAUCGAUGCCCAUUUCUACGCUACUGCUUCUGGUGGGUUAAAAGGUCUAACAGCUGGUUUAUUAAUCACUGGUGCAAUCUUCAAACUAGGUGCUAGAAGAUACCCAGGCUUCCCUAAAAAUUUACCAUGGUCCAUCAGAACAGCAAUUUUCAUCACUCCUCCAACUGUCCUCACUACAAUCUGGGCCGAAGAAUCUUCAAACUCUUUUGACAGGGAGAUGUAUAGUGGUGAAUAUGACUCCAAGAAGAAAUUGGAAGAGUAUAAAGAAUGGACAAAUUUACCAAUUGGACAAAAAUUCACACAGGGUUUGAUCAAUCAUAAAUAUAAAAUCAUUGUUGGUGCAUGGGCCGCAUCCAUGUAUGGUUCUUGGGUCUUUGUUGAUAGGGAUCCUAUCAUGACUAAAGCGCAAAAAAUCGUCCAGGCAAGAAUGUAUGCUCAAAGUUUAACUGUUGUUUUAUUAUUGGCUGGUAUGGGGCUAAGUCUAUGGGAUGAGAAAAAUCAUCCAGAACAUUAUGAAACUAAAAAUAAGAAUGAUGAUUGGAGAAAAAUUUUAGAAGAAGAAGAAGCU